CAUUUGAUGUUUUGCUUCCAGCUGGAAAAUGUAUACAACAGAAUGAGAUUUUUGCUGAUUAUCUGACAGUUGCAUUGUUUGCAUAACGGAAUACAUUUACGAAGGAAUUGGUCAAGGCUUAACCAGCCUAAUGAACCUAGCAAGCCAAGGCGGAGAUUCUGAUUCCAACCUUCUCUUUGUAAAUUUUAAUCAAGACUGCACAUCACUUGCCGUUGGGACCAAAACUGGCUACAAACUAUUUUCACUGAGCUCCGCUGACAAGUUGGAGCAGAUUUAUGACAAUGAGGGAGAAGAUAUAUGUAUAGUGGAGAGGCUUUUUUCUAGCAGCCUUGUAGCUGUUGUAAGCCUUUCAUCUCCACGCAAGUUGAAAGUAUGUCACUUCAAGAAAGGGACAGAAAUAUGUAAUUAUAGUUAUUCCAACACUAUAUUGGCUGUUAGGUUAAACAGACUGAGGUUAAUAGUAUGUCUGGAAGAGAGCUUGUAUAUUCACAAUAUAAGGGACAUGAAGGUUCUGCACACCAUCAGGGACACCCCACCCAAUCCUCAUGGGCUCUGUGGUCUCUCAAUCAACAAUGACAACUGCUACUUGGCUUAUCCAGGGAGUAAUCAGAUUGGAGAAGUGCAGAUUUUUGAUGCUCAAAAUUUGAGAGCUGUCACUAUGAUUCCAGCACAUGACAAUCCCUUGGCAGCCAUGGCUUUUAGCCCACAGGGAACAAGGAUAGCCACAGCAUCUGAAAAGGGAACAGUCAUUAGAGUCUUCUCAGUCCCUGACGGACAAAAACUAUUUGAAUUCAGGCGUGGUGUGAAGAGAUGUGUAACAAUAAGUUCCUUAGCAUUUAACAGUGAUGCUGCUUUCCUGUGUGCCUCCAGCAACACUGAAACUGUGCAUAUAUUCAAACUAGAAACCACAAAGGACAAGACUCAAGAGGAGCCCCAUGGCUGGAUGGACUAUGUUGGCCAAGCUCUGAAGACAUCUGCCCACUAUUUACCUACCCAGGUGACAGAAAUGUUCAAUCAAGGCAGAGCUUACGCAACAGCAAGACUUCCUGUAUCUGGACUGAGAAAUGUUUGUGCUUUAGCUGCGAUUCAGAAGAUGCCUCGACUACUGGUAGCCUCCCAAGAUGGCUACCUAUACAUCUACAACAUGGACCCAGCAGAGGGUGGGGAGUGCACUCUACUCAAACAGCAUCGGUUAGAUGGACGUCAGGAAGGGAGUGGGACCUCACAGGACCUAACUGGACAUACACAAGACAAACCCCUCACACAUCCAGGUAGUGCUACAUAUGCUGCCACAGUCAAACAGCAGCAAGUCCCUGGUAGUGCCCAAGUGUCUGCAUCGCCAGAUUCCCAGCCAUACUUGGACGUGGACCAUGGAGCUGUGGGGGGUAAUGGAGAGGUUCCCAACAUGGCCGCCUUGAAACUGGAUGAUGACAGUGAAUUUCCACCAAUGACACACAAGAACGAGUGACAUCAUUGUCAGAAGGGAUUGGAACAAAUCUUGGCUUCGGUAUAUAUUAAUGAAUCUAGGUCAGCUGAAGAAAUGAUUCUGAUACAGAGCAGAGUAAGAUGUGAAAUGAAUUGCAUGUGCUUUUUUGAAGGAACAGCUGGAAGAAAUAUCAUGAUGUUUUUGUUAUUGAUUGUAAAUAGAGUGCAUAAAUUAUUUUCAAUGAGUGAGGAAUGGUAGAAGAGAUUCAGUGAGAAGCGAGAUCUACUAAGAAUAUAUUGGUGUGUAACAUGUCGCUUUUUGUCUGAUAUGUUUGUAGUAUUUGAACUCUGAAAGGUGCUACCAUUGAAGCCUCUUUGAAUGAAAAAAAAAUACAGGACUACUAACAUGUUUUCUUUAAUAACUGUUGAUUGUGAACUUCACAUUAGUCACAUAGUCCCAUUCAGUUUUAUCAAGUUUGGUCAGUAAUUGAAACAAUGUAAGAUUAAAAGGGAAUCUUGAUCUCUCAGGCUACUGAUGUAAAUAGUUUCAAAAUAAGUGAUGCGUAUGAAAUGAAAAAAGUUAAAAAGUCCAUAGCUUAGACUCUUGGAAUAUUAAAUUGUGGUAAAGUAGGGAGGUUAAUCAACAUUUUUAUUCAAUAGAUAUAGAAUCUUAUUAUAUGAAAACAGAAGGUGAAUAUCCAUAUUUUAAAAAGAAUAUGAACACUCAAAAUGAACAUAUACUUUGAACAAAGUGGUAGUAUUGAUUAACCAUGAGUACUUCAUACAGAUAGCUCAAUCAACAUAGUUAAAAAAAAUGGACGCAGUUUUAACUUGUGUCCUUUUGUCUUCUAGCAACCAAUAUGAUAUUUUGUGUGCUUUAUGAAAACUUUAAGAUGUUAAAAAAAUUGCCUUUUUAUAUUCAUGUCCUUGGGCAGUAAACCCCAUAUAGUAACAAUUGUGUGAUGUAGAAUUUACGCAGGUUAAAUUUUGAAAGUAGUGAGUACAUUUUUUUCCUUAUAAAGCACCCCCUGGAGAAGUUUAGUCUGUGUUCAACUACCAAUAUUGCUUGCAGACACUUAAAAUAUACUUCUUAUUGUGUUAAACUAUAGAUCUACACUGUUGUUGAUAAAAUGCAGCUGGUUUUAUGUGAAGUCCCAUUGCAUGCUAGUAAGUUUAGCCUAUUCAAAACUUGGUUUUCAGGCUUCCAAGUAAAAGUGCCACAAACAUGAAAGAGGACAUGGUUUGCAAUUGCUUUUUCUUCUAAGGCAGAUGCACAUUUUUUUAAAAAUCACUGUUGAAAGUAAAACAAGCACCAUAUCAGUUAUUAAAAAUUCUUUUUAAUUCAUCAAAUGGUUUGGUUUCACCAAAGAACCAUUGAAAUUGAUGUCAUCAGCAUGGUAAUAAAUUGUGAUAAAAACUUC